UAAGCUUUUGCCGAAGCCAAAAUCUUCGCAUUUCCUCUGUAAAACCUUAUCUUUGCUCUUUCUUCUCCGCCAUGGCCGCCUUCUCCGUCAAUGGGCAGCUUAUCCCGGCGGCGACAAGCUCUACCACUUCUAUCUCUUCUCGCCGUAAAUUCUCAUCUCCCUCCUCUUCUCGCCUUCCUCGCAUCUCCGCACCCUCUCCUCGUGUCCCAUCCAUAAAAUGCAGCAGUAGAAGCUUACCUACCCGAGAUACGGAGCCAUCUUCCAAAGACUCCCUCCUCAAAAGCCUAGCGAAACCGCUCGCUGUAGCCUCCGUAUCCUCCGCUGCGUCACUCUUUCUAUUCCGAAUCUCAAAUCUCCCUUCGUUUCUAAGCGGCGGCGGAGGAGGAGGCGAUGGUAAUUUCGGCGGAUUCGGCGGUGGUGGAGGCGGCGGAGGUGGAGGAGAUGGAAGUGACGGUGGAUUUUGGGGGAAAUUGCUUUCCCCGGCGCCUGCAGUUGCCGACGAGGAACAGUCACCGGAUUGGGAUUCUCACGGGUUACCGGCAAACAUCGUCGUGCAAUUGAACAAGCUCAGUGGCUUCAAGAAGUACAAGGUCUCCGAUAUCAUGUUCUUCGACCGGCGGAAGCAGACGACGAUCGGCACCGAGGACUCUUUCUUCGAGAUGGUGUCGAUCCGGCCAGGUGGAGUCUACACGAAAGCCCAAUUGCAGAAGGAGCUAGAAAACCUAGCUACUUGCGGGAUGUUCGAGAAAGUCGACUUGGAAGGGAAGACGAAGCCCGACGGAACCCUAGGAGUCACAAUCUCCUUCGCGGAGAGCACGUGGCAGUCAGCGGACAGGUUCAGAUGCAUCAACGUGGGGCUAAUGGUGCAGUCGAAGCCGAUAGAGAUGGAUACGGACAUGACUGAUAAAGAGAAGCUCGAGUAUUACAGGAGCUUGGAGAAGGACUACAAACGGAGAAUCGAUAGGGCGAGGCCUUGUUUGUUGCCGGCGCCUGUGUACGGUGAGGUGAUGCAGAUGCUGAGGGAUCAAGGGAAAGUCAGCGCGAGGCUGUUGCAGAAGAUUAGGGACCGUGUUCAGAAAUGGUACCAGGACGAAGGGUAUGCUUGUGCUCAGGUUGUGAAUUUCGGGAACUUGAACACGAAGGAGGUUGUUUGUGAAGUUGUGGAAGGAGACAUAACUCAGCUUGUUAUUCAGUUUCAAGACAAGCUUGGUAAUGUGAUUGAAGGUAACACUCAAGUCCCUGUCGUCCGCAGGGAGUUGCCUAAACAGCUUCGACAAGGCUAUGUUUUCAACAUUGACGCUGGGAGACAAGCUCUCAAGAACAUCAACGCAUUAGGGCUGUUCUCUAACAUUGAAGUGAAUCCACGCCCAGAUGAGAAAAACGAAGGCGGCAUUGUCGUUGAGAUCAAACUGAAAGAGCUAGAACAGAAGUCAGCUGAAGUCAGUACUGAAUGGAGUAUUGUUCCUGGGCGUGGAGGAGCUCCCACAUUUGCUUCAUUCCAACCAGGUGGGUCUGUUACUUUCGAACAUCGAAACAUCCAUGGUCUUAACAGGUCUCUCAUGGGUUCAGUGACCACUAGCAACUUCUUGAACCCUCAGGACGAUCUUUCGUUCAAGCUCGAGUAUGUACACCCAUACCUGGACGGUGUUUACAAUCCACGUAACCGUACAUUCAAAACGAGCUGCUUCAACAGCCGCAAACUUAGCCCAGUGUUCACAGGAGGACCAGGUGUUGAGGAAGUGCCAGCAAUUUGGGUUGAUCGAGCUGGUCUGAAAGCUAACAUAACUGAGAACUUCACCCGUCAGAGUAAGUUCACAUAUGGGCUUGUGAUGGAGGAGAUCACAACCCGAGAUGAAAGCAGUCACAUCGCUGCAAAUGGUCAGAGACUACUACCUAGCGGUGGAAUCAGUGCCGAUGGACCACCAACAACUCUCAGUGGUACCGGUAUUGAUAGAAUGGCUUUUCUACAAGCCAACAUCACUCGUGACAAUACUAAGUUCGUCAAUGGAGCUGUUGUUGGAGAGAGGAAUGUCUUUCAGGUGGAUCAAGGCCUAGGUAUCGGGAGCAAAUUCCCGUUCUUCAACCGCCAUCAACUUACCAUGACAAGAUUCAUUCAGCUGCAGCAAGUAGAAGAAGGCGAAGGUAAGUCACCACCACCGGUUCUAGUCCUCCAUGGGCAUUACGGUGGCUGCGUUGGUGACCUUCCAAGCUAUGAUGCUUUUGUCCUUGGUGGUCCUUACUCUGUCCGUGGCUACAACAUGGGUGAGCUCGGUGCAGCUAGAAACAUUCUAGAGCUUGGUGCUGAGAUCAGAAUACCUGUGAAGAACACGCAUGUCUACGCCUUUGCUGAGCAUGGGAACGAUUUGGGAAGCUCCAAGGACGUGAAGGGAAACCCAACAGCUGUCUACAGGAGAAUGGGACAGGGUUCAUCGUACGGUGUAGGUGUGAAACUUGGUUUGGUACGAGCUGAGUAUGCUGUAGAUCACAACAAUGGAACUGGUGCGCUGUUCUUCCGGUUUGGAGAGAGGUUCAAGAAACGAUCUUGUGCACAUUUUGAGAUCUUUCAACUCGAUCCCGUUGAGAUGGUAGAUGCGAUCACGGAGUUCGUCGUGGGAAAGAUGGGCAAUUAUAUCAUCGAAGAAGCAUUAAAGUUGAUAGGAACCAAAGACGAACUAGAGGAGCUCAAGACUGAGUUGAUGUGUAUACAAGGUUAUCUCAAGGAUGUUGAAGCUCGAGAAAGAGAAGACGAGGUCUCGAAAGAGUGGACGAAACUAGUUUUAGAUAUAGCUUACGAUGUUGAAGAUGUUUUAGACAGCUAUACCCUGAAAGCCGAAGAAAGAUCACAGAGGCGAGGCUUGAUGAGAUUGACCAACAAAAUAGGAGAGAAGGUGGAUUCGUACAGAAUAAUUGACGAUAUGAGAAACCUCAAGAGAAAAAUCCUGGAUGUUACUCGCAAGCGGGAGACUUAUGGCAUAGGCAACUUCAAUGAGCCUCGAGGAGGAAGAGGGGAGAAUACUUCAAAUCUGAAGGUGAGGCAGCUUCGACGUGCUCGAUCUGUUGUUCAAGAAGAGCUUGUCGUUGGUUUGGAAGACGAUGCUAAGAUUCUUUUGGCGAAGCUUCUUGGUGAUGAUGAUGAGGAUAACAAGAGAUACAUGAUCUCCAUAUUCGGCAUGGGAGGUCUCGGAAAGACGGCUCUAGCCAGGAAGCUAUACAACUCGGGGGAUGUGAAGAGAAGGUUCGUAUACCGCGCGUGGACUUAUGUUUCGCAAGAGUAUAACACAAGAGAUAUGCUUAUGAGAAUCAUAAGAUCUUUGGGAGUAGUUUCUGCGGUGGAGCUUGAAAGGAUCAAGAUGUUUGUGGAGGAGGAGUUGGAAGUUUACCUUCAUAGUGUUCUCGAAGGGAAAAGCUAUUUGGUGGUGGUAGAUGAUAUAUGGGAGCGUGAAGCGUGGGAGAGCCUGAAGAGAGCUUUACCGGGAAAUCACAGAGGAAGUAGAGUCAUCAUCACAACGCGUAUCAGAGCCGUGGCUGAAGGUGUGGACCAGAGAGUUUACGCUCAUAAGUUACGGUUCUUGACAUUUGAAGAAAGCUGGAGACUGUUUGAACAGAAAGCACUCAGGGAUAUCGAACAUGUCGAUGAAGAUCUGCGGAAAACCGGACAACUAAUGGUUAGAAAAUGCGGUGGAUUACCACUCGCUAUAGUCGUUCUUGCUGGCCUUAUGUCAAGGAAGAGGCUUAACGAGUGGAGUGAUGUUUAUGCCUGUUUAUGGCGACGCCUGAAAGAUGACUCCAUUCACGUUUCCACUGUGUUUGAUUUAAGCUUCAAGGAGCUGCGACACGAGUUGAAGCUCUGUUUUCUUUACCUUAGCGUCUUCCCAGAGGACUAUGAGAUCGAUGUAGAGAAGCUGAUACACUUGCUUGUAACAGAAGGGUUUAUACAAGAGGACGAAGAGAUGAUGAUGGAAGAUGUGGCUCGGUACUAUAUCGAAGAGCUGAUAGACAGAAGCCUCAUGGAAGCUGUGAGAAGAGAAAGAGGAAUAGUGAUGUCUUGUAGAAUCCAUGAUCUCCUAAGAGACGAGGCCAUCAAGAAAGCAAAAGAGCUCAACUUUGUGAAUCUUUACAGUGUGCAACAUUCUUCUACUACUUGCAGAAGGGAAGUGGUUCACCAUAUUAUGAACAACAACGACUUGUGCGACAGACGUCUACUCCGAGUUCUUAAUCUCGGAGGGCUUGUGUUUGUCUGUAAAGGUUGUACCCUCUUUAGCUUACCAGAGGUUAUUGGAAGCUUGAUCCACUUGAGGUACCUUGGGAUAUCUGACACUGGUUUGAAAAACUUACCAGCUUUUAUGUCCAAUUUACGGUUUCUGCAGACACUAGAUGCAUCUGGCAACUCCUUCGAGCGAAUAACUGAUCUAAAUAAGCUCCCAUCACUGAGGCAUGUGAUCGGAAAGUUUAUCGGAGAAUUGAUAAUAGGCGACGCAGUUAACCUACAGACCUUGAAGUCUAUCUCCUCCUACAGCUGGAGCAAACUGAAACAUGAGUUACUCAAAAAUAUUCGAGAGCUGGAGAUCUAUGACUCCGGCUUCUUUAAACGGAGAAGAGCUCCUUUAGACUUGAGUUCCUUCUCUAAACUGACCAGUCUUCGUGUCCUGAGGCUAGAGGUUACGACCUUCAAGUUGUCGUCGUUCAACAUAGAUUUGAUCUUUCCCAGUCUUGAGUCUCUGGCACUUGUUGGAACAAAUCUCGAGGAAGACCCAAUGCCUGCUUUGCAGAAGUUGCCGAGACUGGAAGAUCUUGUCCUGAAAGAUUGCGAUUGGUCGGGAGCGAAGAUUAGAAUCAAAGCACUAGGUUUUGGUCGGCUGAGGAAGCUUGAAUUGAUCACGGCAAUAUUAGUUGAGUUGCAUAUCGAAGAAGAGGCCAUGCCCAGUUUGACGAAGCUGAAUCUGGAGACCGAACGAGGACCAACGAAGCUGCUGAUUCCACCUCGCUUGCAAUCGUUUGUUCGAGGCAACUACACUAUCUUCUGA